AUGGACGAGCAGUUCGUGGAGGAGAAGGAUGAAGAAGAGACGAAAGUGGAAGAGGAGAAGAAAGAUGAGGGGGUGGCGCAAGCGCAAGCUGCUUCAUCUCCAGAAUCGCUCUACGCGGCAUCUGAGACUUUUGUUGACGAAGAGGUUGAAGAAGAGGACAAGGCCGUCGCGGCUCCAAAGGGGGCUGAAGAGGACGAGGCGGGCGAGAACCGCUAUGCAUACACGGCAGCAGCAAGUGACGUAGCCUACGCAAUGGACGACGAGUUCAACCCUGAAGGAGACGCUGCAGCAUCCGCCUCGGCCCCAGCGCCAAGCUACGGAGCCGACUCAUCUGCCUUCCAGGACAUCUAUGGCAUGGCGGACGAGCAGCUCAGCAAGGAGGACGAUAGCAUCUACGCGCGCAAGGAAUACAGCGCGACGCCCUAUGAGCUCUACGCCCCCGUGGACAUCGAAGGCCACAAGGGUCUCGACGGGCGGUACUACGUGGUGGACUUUGCCCGAACGUUCCCGCCCGAAAGGCCCUCUCCAGCCAACAUGAAGCGAAAGGGCAUCAUCCUGUUUAACCUGCUUCGUCCCGAAUUGGUCAAGUCCAACGAUGUUCCGCUCACGCCCGACGCGUUCACCCUGUGGGCCAAGGCCGACGAGAACAAAGACCUUUACAACACCCGCGUUACAGAGGCUACGCGUCGCCUCCUCCACGAGCUGAUUCCCGCCGUGGCUGCCAAGUUGGACGAAAUGCAGCGCAGCGCGGAAAAGGGCAGUACCCACUUGGAUCUGAUCGAAGUCAUUCACGCGGCCGGUGUGAACGUUCGGCACCUGGGGUACAUCAGGAGGAAGGCCCUCAAUGAGCAGGUCCAGGACAUGAUCAUGGUCGAGAUGAUUGCCAGGGUCGUGCGCAAGCAGCUUCAGGAGAAGUUUCGGAAGAAGACCAGGUUUGCUGGCAUACCCACCGAGGAGCCACAGAAGCUCUCGGCGGUGAAGUACCUCAACAAGUUGCUUGGUCGCCACCACACCUCUGCUCUGCACUGGCGCUUGCUCAAGCGUGCCCUGCUCUUCAAGUUCGCCAAAUGUCUCCUGGACCACGAGUUGGACGACAGCUACGACCUGCGCAAGCGGAUCAGCGUCACGAAGCUGUUCAAUCGCCUGCAGAAGCUCGCCCCCAACAUCUUUGUUCUGACCGAAGAGGCGCGCAAGGACUUUGGCUCGGCUGUGUUGGCUCACGAGAACGAGUCAUGGGACCAAACGCCGCCCGACUUCAAGUUCCUCCCGUUGGACCUGAUGCCGCUGGCGGCCUCGAUCAAGCACAUGAACCUCAUCGAUAUCGCCGAAGCCAGCGCCAUGUUCUACGGCAGCUUGGAUGAAAAGGGCAACGAUCAAGUGCGCCUUCUGAUCCAGGGCCUCGGCAAGUUCCAGAUCGCCGCCCGCAAGAUGCCAUUUAUUGACGCCGACACGGUCGUCGCGCUGGGCGACAUGCUUGUGUCGCGCGCCAAAGAGUGCAAGCCGGACUCCUACCACCGAGACGCGGAGUACCAAUCGGCGUUGUCGGGCGCCUUGAUCGCCUUCCAGACCGCGCUCAACAUCAACCCGCAAAACGUCAGGUGCCUCAUGGGCUUGGGCGACAUCCAUCUGGUAAGGGGCGAAGAUCACGAAGCACGCAAGAAGUACCAGGAAGCCAUUGCGGCAGAGCCUAGCGAUGCCGAAGCGUAUGUCAAGCUCGCCAGCACCUAUGGGACAAAAUUCUUUUCGUCCGAUUCAUCAGACACUGACGGUAAGAUUCGGGAGACCGCUCUCCGUAAGGCUCUGGAAUGCGACCCGCAGCAUGUGGGAGCGCUGAUUCGCCUCGGCGAUAUUCUCCUGGACCGCGCCACCAGUGCCCUAGACAAGAAUGAGGAGUACGAGCAGUUUGUGGAUGAGGCCGGGUCUCUCUACGGCGCGGCGCUCGCCAUCAAGCCUGACAACUACGCAUCAUACGAAGCCCUGUGCUAUCUGAUCUCCUUCCUGGCCCAUAGCGGUGGGCACAGCAAAAACAGCACGUUGAAGCUGCUCUGGAGCUUGACGAAGUCGAAUGAGCACCUGAAGAAGCUCUGCGUGCAUGAGUUUGCCAAACUUGGACAACUUCAUUUGGGACAACUCCCGACGAUCAGCGACCUUGUCUUCAACGUGGUGGCCGGCAAUGCCUCCAGCGCGACCGGACUCUUCUUCAAUUUCGGCUUGGCCGAGGAGGGCGCGAUUCCUUCUCCGGCCGAGGCAACAGUUCGGGACUGGCUGCUCGCUCACCCAAAGCCGUUGCUCCAUCUGCACCUGGUCAAGUGCCCGCAACUCGGGGAUGAGCUCUUGAAGGCCCUGGGCGGCUCCGUUCACCGGCAGUCACUCCAAACGCUCUCGCUGGCGGGCACCAAGGCGAUCACCAACGAAGCGCUGCUGCAGCUCUUCCAGAAGGACGGCGAGAAUCAAGCUGAUACCUGGCCCAGCCUCACCGACCUCGACCUGUCGUCGCUCCCCGCCUUGAACAAGGAGGUUCUGGCGGCAGUAGCGAUUGCAUGCCCCGCGCUUACGACGCUCAAGUUCCAGCACGCGGAUGUGGGCGACGAGGUGGUGGAGGUCCUCCCCUCGCAGCUCACCACGCUUUUCUUGGGCGGCCGGUAUACCAAGGACCCUCUCUACGCGGCCUUUACCCAACAUCUCACCAGCCUCGUCAAAGUCUCCUUCGCUUACGUAGAAGAACUUUCCUUCGACGAUGUCUACUCCCUGGCCGCAGCGCUGCCCAAUCUAAGGUGGUGCCAGUACCCCAGGGGCGAUGUGACCCACUGGUCGGGCAACUCGAGCGUAACAGUAAAGUUCAACGAAAGGGGAGCGACCACGUUCCAAUUCGGCGAGGUCACCUAUCAAAUCAUGAGCAACGGCGGGAUGACCUCUAUCAGAGGCGACGGUGCCAUCGUCAAUAUACAGGGGAACAUGGCCGGAAGGUUCGUUUUUCUGGGCGCCAACAAACUGUUCGAUGCGAGUCACUCCCCGCACGCCGGCUGGCUCUACAAGUACACGGUGCCGGGUGCGCGGGGCGUUACCUCAAUCAAGUACAACCAGCAGAUGAAGCUGUUCCACAUCGCUCCUACUGGGAUCGCGACCGACAUCACCCUCAACCUUGCGGCCUUCUACCUCGCCUUUGCCCACAAGUGA